AUGUCGAUGAUUAUGGUGGCGCUCGGAAAUCCCAACAUGAGCGACAGCGACAUUUUCCGCGAGGUCAAUGAGAUGAUCCCUGACGCAUCAGUUGACAAGGCCGUCAAAGACGUCAUCAAAGACGAACCCAUUAAACUGGAUCCCCAGAGAAUGAAGUAUUUUGAGACGCCCAACGAAGAGAUCACCAGUGAGGCCGCCAAUGAGGUUGCCAAUGAGGGCACCAACGAGGAAACCAUCGAUGGACAGGGACUCAUUUCAAACGCGAAGGCUUUGCUUGAAAUAUGCAAGGCCAUUGCUAAAUUGGAUGCUAAGAUCGAUAAUCUUACGGAGUAUCACAAGACUGGAAAGUGGCCCGAUAACUGA